AUGGAGGUAAUGGGUCCGAGAAUGAACGUAGCCGGGAAAACUAGAGCGGACGGGAGCUGGAUCCUCGUGUACUGGGGUCAGUACGAUGAAGCUACGCUAUCCUCGGCUUGUGAUAAGGCAAACUAUGACAUGAUGGUCCUUACCAUCCUCAACGCAUCAGGAAAGGACCAGGAGCCACCGAUCAAUCUCUCCAUCCUUGAAGCGGACAUCACCAACUGCCAGAGCACAGACUUCAAUACUAGCGAUGGAGGUCUUCUCGGAGAAGCAGUGCCUGACGGAAGAGACUUCGAUAUGGAGAUGGGGACUUCAGCUCAUUACGCUGAUCUGGCCGAGCCUCUGAGAAGUCUGAUGAGAUCUGGUGACGAGCGGUGUAUCCUCACUGCAGCACCUCAAUGCCCCCUCCCAGACGAGUGGAGAAAUCCGGUACUGCAAUCAAGGCUGUUGGAUUACGUUUGGGUGCAUUUCUACAGCAAUCCUGAGUGCGACUACAAACCCGUUCCUCUGUCCUGUUGGGCUUACCGCCUUCUCCUGAUGGAGCUUAGAGCAUUGAUUCUUGUUCUGCUCCGUAUCAGGAUGCACCCACGCUUCGGAGGAGUGAUGCUGUAG